AUGAAGAGUUUGCUGGUUCUUCUGCUGAUCGUGCUGAAGGAAGUUGGACCGACCGCAGCCUGCAGCAGCAGCUGUUCAUCACGCUGUUGGUGCGACAACAGAGGCCUCAGCAGUGUUCCUCAUUACCUGCCUACAACCAUCACUCAUCUGUACCUGUAUAACAACAGCAUCACAACCUUAAGCCAGUCCGAUUUCUUCAGGUACAGCAGCCUGACAACAAUAAGUCUUACUUUAAACCAGAUCUCUGUAAUUAACAGCGGAGCGUUCUACAACUUGGCCAGCUUAAGUUACCUGUACCUUUACAAUAACCAGUUAACUGACAUUCGAGCGGACAUGUUUGUGGGACUUGAUAACCUGGGGUACCUUUACCUGUAUGACAACAACAUCCACAGUAUCGAGGCAGGAACAUUUGUAAACCUGUCCCGACUGCGAACUCUGCAGCUGCACAAUAACCAGUUAACCAGCCUCACAGCUGACAUGUUUAAGGGACUUGAUAACCUGGAGGACCUUUAUCUGCACGAGAAUGACAUCAGCAGAUGGCCAAGCCUUCGCAUCAACGACAACCAGAUGGAGACACUCCCGUCCAUGGCGUAUGACAUACUGGCUUCCAUCCUAACUGUUAACAUCUCCAACAACCCCUGGCAGUGUGACUGUAGGAUGCUUGGCUUUAAGCGAAAGAUGACAGGUGGUCGGGAAUUUGAAAAACAGAUGACAUGUGCAGGACCCAGUAAAUUUGAGGGGGAAAGCUUGUAUUCUGUAGAUCACGUAGACCUGAUCUUGGACCUGAUCCUAGGCCCGAUCUGUCAAGAGACAGCUACCUCACCCGGUGCUUCUACUGAUGUCUACCAACAGCACAUGCUGCACCGCUUGUCUCUUGGCAUCACACAGUGCCAAUGA